AUGACGUCGGAGCGUUCUCGAAUCCCGUGUCUCUCGGCUGCUGCUGCCGAAGGAAAAGAGGAAAAGCAACAAGAAGGAAGAGCAAUGGCGACACUGGAUCGCAAAGUGCCCAGUCCGGAGGCGUUUCUGGGCAAACCCUGGUCCUCCUGGAUCGACGCCGCCAAAAUACACUGCUCCGACAAUGUAGAUUUAGAAGAGGCUGGAAAAGAGGGUGGAAAAAGCAGGGAGGUUAUGAGGCUUAAUAAAGAAGAUAUGCACUUAUUUGGCCACUGUCCAGCACAUGAUGACUUCUAUCUCGUAGUAUGCAAUUUCUGCAAUCAGGUAGUCAAGCCACAGGUUUUCCAGUCUCACUGCGAAAGAAGACACAGUUCGAUGUGUAAACCUUCUCCCUCUCCAGCAUCACCACCCUCCAAUUCCAGGACAUCACUAUUACAAGUGAAAGCAAAAUCCUGUAUCAGCGGCCAUAACCCCGUCAGCAGCAACUCAAAGCCAUUCAAAACGCCCAAAGACAAUCUACUUACCUCCAGUAGCAAACAGCACACAGUCUUUUCUUCAAAAGCAUCAAGGGAUAAACCAUGUGUUCCUGUUCCUAUAGUCAGUUUAGAGAAAAUUCCUAACCUAGUGAAGGCAGACGGUGCCAAUGUCAAAAUGAACUCAACAACCACUACUCCUGUGACCUCUGCCACCUCUUCCUCUGCUGUGCCUACCCCACCUUUAGUUAAACCGGUGUUGAUGUCCAAGCCGGUGUCACCGUCACCAGAGAAGAUUUUGAAUGGCAAAGGAAUCGUAUCUCCCUCAGUAGACAAGAAACACCAAAAUGGCACCAAAAGCAACAAGCCUUACAAGAGACUUUCAGAGAGAGAAUUUGACCCAAAUAAACACUGUGGAGUAUUGGAUCCUGAGACAAAGAAACCUUGCACAAGAUCACUCACCUGCAAGACACAUUCACUUAAUCAUCGGAGGGCAGUCCCAGGCCGGAAAAAGCAAUUCGACAUCCUUCUGGCGGAACACAAAGCUCGGUCCAGGGAAAAAGAAGUGUCUAAAGACAAAGAGCAUCUCCCAUCAUCAACAAGGGAAACACAUCCGAACCAGCCUAUACCAGCACAAGAUUCUCUUUUGGCAUCUUCCGUGAACUCUGGGCCAGAACUUAAAGUAGCAUCUCCUGCAAAAUCCAGACCACCGAAUUCUGUACUUCCUAGACCAUCAUCUGCAAAUAGCAUAAAUAGCACCACAUCUUCAAAUCACAGUGGAUAUGCACCAGAACUCCCACUACCCUCGAUCGGAGGAGACCUAGCCAGCCGAUUAUCCAGUGAUGAAGGGGAAAUGGAUGGAACAGAAGAGACAGAGAAAUUAGACUGUCAUUAUUCUUCACAUCAUCCUCGACCUCUUGGGUUUUGUUCAUUUGGGAGUCGCCUCAUGGGACGAGGGUACUACGUGUUUGAUCGGAGAUGGGAUCGCUUUCGAUUCGCACUGAACUCUAUGGUAGAGAAACACUUGAAUUCACAAAUGUGGAAGAAGAUUCCUCCUGCAGCAGAUAGCCCCAUGCCCUCGCCAGCAACACAUAUCACCACCCCCGUUCCAGCAUCUGUUUUACAGCCUUUCAGCAACCCUAGUGCCGUGUAUCUUCCUUCAGCACCCAUCAGCUCAAGAAUCACUUCUUCUUACAUAAUGACAUCAGCCAUGCUCUCAAAUGCAGCCUUUGUGACAACGUCGGACACGAGUUCCAUCAUGUCACACACCACAGCUUUCCCCCAUGUGGCUGCGACGCUAAGCAUCCUGGACCCAACUUUUAAGGCUCCAUCUGCUAUGUCCCCAGUGCCAGCUGUCAUCCCUUCCCCAUCCCACAAGCCAUCCAAAACAAAAACCAGCAAAUCCUCAAAGGUCAAAGACCUGUCUGCCCGUAGCGAUGAGUCUUCGAGUAACAAAAAGAGAAAGCCACAGUCUUCUUCCUCUUCCUCCUCAUUAGCCUUGCAGACAUCUCCCUCGUCUUCAUUUUCAGGGCCCCAUAAAAAGAACUGUGUCUUGAACCCAAAUUCAACAAUGAACUCCUAUCAGGCGACAUCUUCCUAUAACAAUCUGUCUGUGCACAAUGCAAACAAUGGAACGAGUCCACUCAGUGCCAAAAUGGAGCCCUCAGGACGGACUUCACUGUCAAGUAGCUCCACAGACUCCGUAAAACACAUGAGCACAGUAGUCAGCAGUAUUGACUCCUGUAACCUGUCAGUGCCCUCCCUGGUGCACCAUGCAGGGGAUCUGUCCCUGGCCGCACACAAUGCAGUGUCUUCUCUACCCCUUUCUUUUGACAAAUCAGAAGGGAAAAAGCGUAAGAACUCUAGUUCUAGUAACAAAGCCUGUAAAAUCACUAAAAUGCCUGGUAUGAAUAGCGUUCACAAAAAGAGCCCGUCCAGCCUUAUCUCGCCAGUGCCAGAUCCCGCUAACAGCUCCGUCGCUCGGCAGGUUGGAAAAAAUAGCAGUAUAGCUUUGCCACAAUCCAGUCCUUCGAGCACCCCCAGCCUGGCACACAACCGACAGUUGGAUAACUUGUAUGCCUUCUUUUGUAUCAAUGUACCAAUUGUAAAUAAUGCUGAUCAACCUUUGUAGAGAAUAGUUUAUACAGCAUAUUCUAUUAUUGCUGAUUCUCAGUGAACUAUUGUUUUAAAAAAAAGGAAAAAAAGAAAUUUUUCUAUUUACACCUUAUAUUUUGUUAUGCUGUCGACCCAUGGCACUUUAACAAAACUCUGUGGGUUUUGCAUAGCUGGUCAGUCAUGGGGUAUAUUAAAUACUGUUGUUGCACAGAAAAGAAUUUGCACCUGCUCUAUUGUGCUUUCCUACUACAGAUUUUAGAACCUUUUCCAGAAGACUUUUGAAGAAAGCAUGUCCAAUCAUUCUAAAAAAAAAUUAUAUAUGCCAUACUUGUAGA